AUGGCGGAGCUGGACGCCAACGGCAUCGACCCGCGCAUCAUUUCGGCGAUGGCCGAGGGCGACGUGGCGGGCUGCUCCCCUCUGCAGCUGGCGCUGCGCGAGGCUGGUGCUCGCGAGCCGUUGUGGGCACUGCUGCUUCCUGCUGCUGUGACGUCUUCGAUCCCCGCAAGCAAGUCCCACACGGAUCCGAUCCUCGAGGACCCCUUCUCGGGCGCAGACCCGCUGCUGCGCUCGCUCCUCGCGCUCGUUCGCGCCGGCUCCCUCCUCCCCGACACUGCGACGCCGCCCACGCCAGGCACUCUCGACGCAUGCGACGGGCUGGCCCCUUGCGGGAGGCGCACCCGCGCCUCUGCCGUCGGCGAGCCGCGGCUGCUGCCGCCGAUGGUGCCGAGGCCGCUGGUGCGGCUGGCGCGGUGGGCCAACCCCUUCUGA